CAUGGCGGCGCCUGUCGGCAACAGUUCGGGCUGUUGGGGCGUCCCAGAGGUUUAUAAACACCAUGAACAGCGAAAAGUAUGCAUUUCUAGGCCAAAGUAUAGGGAGGGAAGGAAAGCAAAAGCGGUUAAGGUGUACACCAUCAAUUUAGAGUCCCGUUACCUGAUGGUCCAAGGGGUCCCAGCCAUUGGAGUGAUGACAGAGCUGAUCCAGCUGUGUGCCCUGUACGGAGUUGUGGAGGAGUACAGGCCCCUGGAUGAGUAUCCUGCUGAGGAUUUCACAGAGGUCUACCUUGUCAAGUUCCAGAAACUCACAAGUGCCAGAGCAGCCAAGCGACACAUUGAUGAAAAGAGUUUCUAUGGUGGUGUGCUGCAUGUGUGCUACGUCCCAGAAUAUGAGACUGUGGAAGACACCAGGCUAAAACUGCAGGACCGGAGGAGAUACAUAAUGAGGGCUGCCCAGAAUAAAGCAAGAGAAAAGGAACAGGAGGCAGCAAAUGAAGAGCCCACAACAUCAAACACAGCAGAGAAGAUCAUAUCCAGACAUGAUCAAAUGCCUAACAAUGAUGAUACAGGGGAGACUUCAAACAUUAGCCAUUAUUCAAGCUUUCCUUUAUUGCCAUUACCUCCCCAGGAACAUUAUUACCAUGGAUAUAAAAAUCAAUAUGGGACUAUACCAACAGAAGACAAAAUGGGGACAUUGCAUAAUGCCACAAUCUGCACAAAACAGCAGCCAGUGCAGAGUUUAAGCUUUAGUCAAACCUCUUCAGAGAGAGAAAGAGGCACAGAACAUAGACUGACUCCAAAUCAGGCUCCUGCAGUCAGAUUUGUCCCGAGGACCACACACUUAGAGAACAGGAAACGCAAAAUGGAAGAGGCAGCAGAGCACUCACUGACUGUUUCUGGAAAAAAUGAGCCUUUGAUUGGGCCAAAGUUACCUGAACCACCUAAACUGGACAUGGAUGAUGAAUCAUUGAACACAACUGUCAGCCUUAUCCGGAAUGCAAUGAAACAGGUGGAAGCAGUUCCUGACGUCAAACCAGUGGAGAAAAAGAUGAAACCACGUCGUCGGAUUUGAUCACACCAGCUCAGUUUCUCAUGGCAACUUGUUUUUAUUUAGACAUUUGCAUCACAGUGUAAACAGUUAUGAACUUUUGAAUGAAAGAAGGCACAGCUGAAAAUGCACAUGAACAUGA